CCCGUGCAACUUUUGCCGAAGCCCCCACACACAGCCAUGCUGAGCUGAGCUCCGGCCGGGGACUGGCCGCGCGCUGCCCGCCCCGGCUCCCGCCCCACCGCGGACCCGCUCGGGGGCCGCGGCCGCUCGGCCCCUCGGCCUCCGCCGCUGCGCCCCCCGGCCGCCCCGGAGCCCCGCGCAGGGCCCGGGCCGCGGCGGCGGCGGCGCCCGGCUCUCUCCCCCGGCGCCGGCCAAGUGAGGCGGUGAUGCGGGCGCCAGCGGCCCCGGCUGCGCCGAGAGCGGAGACACAGGCUCAAGAUGGCAGAUUCCGACUGAGGCUGGGGGGGCCGAGCUCGCGCGCCGCGAUCCCUUCUCCGUUGCCAUGAAUCGCGGACACCCCGGCCCCGAUGGCCCCCGUGUACGAAGGUAUGGCCUCACAUGUGCAAGUUUUCUCCCCUCACACCCUUCAAUCAAGUGCCUUCUGUAGUGUGAAGAAAUUGAAAGUAGAGCCGAGUUCCAACUGGGACAUGACUGGGUACGGCUCCCACAGCAAAGUGUAUAGCCAGAGCAAGAACGUGCCACCUUCUCAGCCAGCCACCACAACCGUCAGCACCUCCUUGCCCAUCCCGAACCCAAGCCUACCUUACGAGCAGACCAUCAUCUUCCCAGGAAGCACCGGGCACAUAGUGGUCACAUCAGCAAGCAGCACUUCUGUCACUGGGCAAGUCCUCGGCGGACCACAUAACCUAAUGCGUCGAAGCACUGUGAGCCUCCUUGACACCUACCAAAAAUGCGGACUCAAGCGUAAGAGUGAGGAGAUUGAGAACACAAGCAGCGUGCAGAUCAUCGAAGAGCAUCCACCCAUGAUUCAGAAUAAUGCCAGCGGGGCCACUGUAGCCACUGCCACCACUUCGACUGCCACCUCCAAAAACAGUGGCUCCAACAGUGAAGGCGACUAUCAGCUGGUCCAGCAUGAGGUGCUGUGCUCCAUGACCAACACGUACGAAGUUUUAGAGUUCCUGGGCCGAGGGACGUUUGGGCAAGUGGUCAAGUGCUGGAAAAGGGGCACCAAUGAAAUUGUGGCCAUCAAGAUCCUGAAGAACCACCCGUCCUAUGCCCGGCAAGGUCAGAUCGAAGUGAGCAUCCUGGCCCGCCUGAGCACAGAGAGUGCUGACGACUACAACUUUGUCCGGGCCUACGAGUGCUUCCAGCACAAGAAUCACACGUGCUUGGUCUUUGAGAUGCUGGAGCAGAACCUCUAUGACUUUCUGAAGCAGAACAAGUUUAGUCCCUUGCCCCUCAAGUACAUUCGCCCAGUCCUCCAGCAGGUAGCCACAGCCCUGAUGAAGCUGAAGAGCCUGGGUCUUAUCCAUGCAGACCUCAAACCAGAAAACAUCAUGCUGGUGGAUCCGUCCAGACAACCAUACCGAGUGAAGGUCAUCGACUUUGGGUCAGCCAGUCACGUGUCCAAGGCUGUGUGUUCCACCUACUUGCAGUCCAGAUACUACAGGGCCCCUGAGAUCAUCCUUGGUUUACCAUUCUGUGAGGCGAUUGACAUGUGGUCCCUGGGCUGCGUCAUCGCGGAGCUGUUCCUGGGCUGGCCGCUCUACCCAGGCGCCUCAGAGUACGACCAGAUUCGGUAUAUUUCACAAACACAGGGUUUGCCAGCUGAAUAUUUAUUAAGCGCAGGGACAAAGACAACUAGGUUUUUCAACCGUGACACGGACUCGCCGUAUCCUUUGUGGAGGCUGAAGACACCAGAUGACCAUGAAGCAGAGACGGGGAUUAAGUCAAAAGAAGCAAGAAAGUACAUUUUCAACUGUUUAGAUGACAUGGCCCAGGUGAACAUGACCACAGACUUGGAAGGGAGUGACAUGCUGGUGGAAAAGGCAGACCGGCGGGAGUUCAUCGACCUGUUAAAGAAGAUGCUGACCAUCGAUGCUGAUAAGAGAAUCACUCCGAUCGAAACCCUGAACCACCCCUUUGUCACCAUGACACACUUACUCGACUUUCCCCAUAGCACACACGUCAAAUCAUGUUUCCAGAACAUGGAGAUUUGCAAGCGUCGGGUGAAUAUGUAUGACACCGUGAACCAGAGCAAAACCCCUUUCAUCACUCACGUGGCCCCCAGCACAUCCACCAACCUGACCAUGACCUUCAACAACCAGCUGAACACUGUCCACAACCAGGCUCCCACCUCCACCAGUGCCACUAUUUCCUUAGCCAAUCCCGAGGUCUCCAUACUAAACUACCAAUCUGCACUCUACCAGCCCUCAGCGGCAUCCAUGGCUGCGGUGGCCCAGCGGAGCAUGCCCCUGCAGGCGGGAACAGCCCAGAUUUGUGCCCGGCCGGACCCCUUCCAGCAAGCUCUCAUCGUGUGUCCUCCCGGCUUCCAAGGGCUGCAGGCCUCUCCCUCGAAGCAUGCUGGCUAUUCCGUGCGAAUGGAAAAUGCUGUUCCCAUCGUCACUCAAGCCCCAGGAGCUCAGCCUCUUCAGAUCCAACCAGGUCUGCUUGCCCAGCAGGCCUGGCCAAGUGGGACCCAGCAGAUCCUGCUUCCGCCGGCGUGGCAGCAGCUGACUGGAGUGGCCACCCACACAUCAGUGCAGCAUGCGACUGUGAUUCCUGAGACCAUGGCAGGCACCCAGCAGUUGGCCGACUGGAGGAACACGCACGCUCACGGCAGCCAUUACAAUCCCAUCAUGCAGCAGCCCGCGCUCUUGACUGGUCACGUGACCCUCCCAGCAGCCCAGCCCUUAAAUGUGGGCGUGGCCCACGUGAUGCGGCAGCAGCCAACCAGCACCACCUCCUCCCGGAAGAGCAAGCAGCACCAGUCGUCUGCGAGAAACGUCUCCACCUGUGAGGUGUCCUCCUCUCAGGCCCUCAGCUCCCCUCAGCGGUCCAAGCGCGUCAAGGAGAACACGCCGCCCCGCUGCGCCCUGGUGCACAGCAGCCCGGCCUGCAGCUCCUCUGUCACAUGCGGCUGGGGCGACGGCGCCUCCAGCACCACCAGGGAGAGGCAGCGGCAGACCAUUGUCAUUCCAGACACACCCAGCCCCACGGUCAGCGUCAUCACCAUCAGCAGCGACACGGACGAGGAGGAGGAACAGAAGCACGCUCCCACCAGCACUGUCUCCAAGCAGAGGAAAAACGUCAUCAGCUGUGUCACGGUCCACGACUCUCCGUACUCCGACUCCUCCAGCAACACCAGCCCCUACUCCGUGCAGCACCGCACUGGGCACAACACCAACGCCUUCGACACCAAAGGGAGCCUGGAGAGCCACUGCACUGGGAACCCCCGGACCAUCAUCGUGCCCCCCCUGAAGACCCAGGCCAGUGACGUGCUGGUGGAAUGUGACAGCCUGGUGCCAGUCAACACCAGUCACCACUCGUCCUCCUACAAGUCCAAGUCCUCCAGCAACGUGACCUCCACCAGCGGCCACUCUUCAGGGAGCUCGUCGGGAGCCGUCGCCUUCCGGCAGCAGCGGCCGGGGCCACAUUUCCAGCAGCAGCAGCCGCUCAACCUCAGCCAGCCCCCAGUGCAGCCCUCUCCUGGUGCUUCUCCUUGUCCAGGCUCAGCAGCACAUCACUGCAGACCGCACCGGGAGCCACCGCCGGCAGCAGGCCUACAUCACUCCCACGAUGGCCCAGGCUCCGUACUCCUUCCCGCACAACAGCCCCAGCCACGGCACUGUGCACCCCCACCUGGCUGCCGCCGCCGCUGCCCACCUCCCCACCCAGCCCCACCUCUACACCUACACGGCGCCCGCGGCCCUGGGCUCCACCGGCACCGUGGCCCACCUGGUGGCCUCCCAAGGCUCGGCACGCCACACCGUGCAGCACACUGCCUACCCGGCCAGCAUCGUCCACCAGGUCCCCGUGAGCAUGGGCCCCCGGGUCCUGCCCUCGCCCACCAUCCACCCGAGUCAGUAUCCAGCCCAGUUUGCCCACCAGACCUACAUCAGCGCCUCUCCAGCCUCCACCGUCUACACUGGGUACCCACUGAGCCCCGCCAAGGUCAACCAGUACCCGUACAUAUAGACACUGGGAGGGGGCACGGGCAAGGGCGGAGCUGGGCGUCUGGCACUGAAGACCCGCACAGCAGCAGUACAGGGGGCGGGGCGGGGACACUGCUGACACUUGAACUAGGAAGUGGGAGGACUGAGCAGAGAAGAGGACAUUUUUAAAAAAAGAAGGGAUUCAGGAGGGGAUCUAUGCUUUUUAUUUUAAAAAGAAAAAGAAAAAAAAGAAAACGUCGGUAACAAAAACACAGCUCAUGAACCCAUUCUGCACCAAACUGGAAAGGAGAAGAGAGAGCGAUGGAAGAUUCCGGAAGGGGGGCCAGUUUCUGAAGAACUUUAUCUAUGAACUUUUCAGAGGUUAUUUUCAUAUGGCAGCAAGUGACAUUUAAGAACUUGCUGUCAGGGACACCUGAUAUGGAAAUCCAAUAGGUUUUUCAUGGUUGAACAUGAGAAUUAGGGAUUUUUCCAGAACUCUAAAGGGUCAACAGCCCUAGAGGUCAGGCCGCUGUGGCCUGAUGUGGUGGGUUGGGCUGUUCAGGCUCCUUGGGGGGAAGGGGGUGGCCAGGCCCAGGAAGCCCUCCCCCGAGGGCAUGUGUUCUCUUCCCGAGCUCUCUGGAUAAAUCCCUAAGAAAGUUACUCCUCAAAUGUCAUUCAUAAUGUUUGUUCCAAAAUUUAGGUUUUUCUUUCUGAAGAUUUAUUUUCUCUUUGAAUCAAUCCCUAGUCGCAUAGCAGGGCUGGCGGGCGUUGCCGACACCCGGUGGAAUGUAGCAUUCUGCACCCGUUUCUCUUUGUGUUCAACUCCCGUGAUACCAAUGGACUAUCCUCAGUGUAACUGCACAACAGUGAUAGGCACAGGCAUGUAACCAAUGUGGUGGCCCAGGCGUGAGCGCGAGCGCGCCUGUGCGUCCUGGGCGGGCCAGGCUCCCUCCUGACUUGACAUCAUUCCCUCCUAGUGCCUUACGGAACCAGAGCGCGAGGGUUUCCUUCCACGGUCCUCCAAGCAGCUGGCGGGCGAGUCGGAGCAUCUCGGCACUUUUGUGCUGUUGAAACAUUUUACUCUGGUCUUUCCUCUUUUUGUUUUUAAAUUUUAAUUUAAUCUAAUUUUAGUACCUGUUUUCUAUCUAUGGCUGUUUGCUGGCAGAGGGGUGUCAGGGAGCUGGCAAGGCCGGAGAGCCCCCGGAUGUUGAGAUGUGGGGUGGAUGGUGCGGGUGGACCUGGUGGGCGUGAUGUUUUAGAUGACUGUAUUUGGACAGAGCAGGAGUGACUCCCCACCCCUUGCAGCCCCCCUCCCCCCCACCCCCCUACACCCCCGAUCUACCUGUAUGGUUGCUCUGCCAUUUGUGGGGCCAGAGGUCCCUCUGUGUUGCAGGAACACUGGCCUUGCAAGUGGCUGACUCCUUCCUGGUGUGGAAAGGACAGAGGAGAGGAGGCCGCCAGCCGCCUGCCACCUCCAGGCCAGCACACUUCCUGCCGCCUCUGUGGGCCGGAGCGCAGGCCUGGUCCUCAGCCGGGUGCUCUCACCUCCCCCAGGCCUCACUGUCGCACCACCCCUCUCCUCUGGACCCUUCCCUCUGCAGACAACCACCAGCCUGUGCUCACUGCGGUCUCUCCCUCAUUACCUGGGCCUGCCCACGGCACCACUUGGUUUUGGUUUUUGAGGGUCUGGUGGGCAGAAGGCAGGGGGACAUUUAUUGGGGUGACCAGGAGGCCUUCAGCCACCCCUUGGAGGCCCCUCCCGCCGCCAGUUAGGUUUCCAAAGAAAUUGCCCUUUGCCCUCUUUGCACCUUUGAUACAUUCUGGACGUUUCUCAGGCUUGAACUGCUGGAGGCAGGUGGGGUCUCUGUUCACAGCAACUCACACUCAUGAGGGUUAGGAGACUGUGUGGUCAUAGUGAGGCUUUAAAGGGAGGCCCUAAAUGUCGGCUCUCCACGCUGAGUCCUUAACUGAGCCCAACGCCGCGUUCCCAAGGUGCAGAGAGGCCGCUCCGUCCUCGUCCUCGUCCCCCUCCCUCCCUACCUACCUCCCUCCUUCCCUCCACAGUCUCCCUUAAAGAUCUGCUGUGAAAGGUGUUUUUAUAGUGACAUCCGACCUAAUUCAGUGAGGAAGCCAAACCUUUACCUUAGCUCUUAGCUGUGAAAUGUGAACUAACUCUGGAAAUUUCCCCUCCCGACCACAAGUCCUACUUACCUUACAAAGAGAUCCCAUUUAUCCAGGCCUUAGGCCGGAAGGAAGGAAGGAAGGACGCUAUGACUUUCGAGGGCAGACAACCCCGGGGCCCAGCAGGAUCCAUAGUCUGUCUGAUGUGGGGAGUGCGUCCUUCUGAGACGACAGGAGACGGCCAGUCAGUGGGAGUAGUGGGGCGGGGGGGGGGGGGUGAAGUUGGAGGCCACGCCAGCCUGGAAGGCCCAACUCUGGCACAGAUGGCAGCGGCGCCUCACUGGCCUUACUGUAGCGUCCUGGGCCUCGCCCAGUGCGCGCCCAACCCUCGCGCCCUCUGACCUUUCCAGAAAAGACAACCAGCCUUCCAUUUGAAGCAGAUGACUCUGUCUACCACGUCAACUUUCACCUGACACUUCUUUCCUUUUCUUCCAGACCAGGAAUGAAAGGUCCAUGCUGCUCAUAAAGAUAAUAUUAUUGUACUAAUUAUUUUGAUUAUUAUCAGUGUAAUUAUUAUCAUUAUCAUCAUGUGGAUAUUUUAGUUGGGGUUUGAAAUGCACACUUAUUCCAUGUAUCUUUGUGUUUUCUCUUUAAUAUUUAAACUUAUUUGAUUAUAUCUGUGAGUAUCUGAGUAGACAGGAAGGACAUACAGAUGUCCAGUUUUGUCAGACAAAGGAAUUGGGUGAACUGUUUGUCAUCUCUUCCACUGAGAGCUGUCAAGGAAAGAUCCCCCACAGAACCAGAGUGAAGAAUCAGGCCUUUCCUCUGCGCAGCCUGGGCACUGACCACACCGGCCGCGCAUGCUGAGCCCUGAGCGUGGGCCUCCACCAGGCCCUGCGCUUCUGAACCCGGCUGCCCAGAUCCUGGCCUGCUCACACCCGCCAUGUACCUGUCCCGCCAAAAGAUCCCCCUGCCAGAGCUGAUGCAGCCCCUCCCAGGCGCCCCCUUUCCCGUCGGUGCACCAGGAGGGUGGCUCAGAGACCACUGUCCCUCCUGGAAGCCCAAGUAAGGCUGCCGGGCAGGCAGGACCCUCCCCUGGAAACUGCCGCCUCCCCCUCCCCCUCCCCCCUCCCCCCACGCUGCCCACUUCCUCAGUCUGGCCCUGCCCCCAGGACAUCUCAGCUUGCAAUCCUAAGGACAAACUAGUGAGCCAAAAAGGGUGGAGGGAUGCUAGGAGGCCAGAGGACACUGACACGCCCAGCAGCUGCGCACACUGCGGCCAGGGUGAGGUCAUUGGCCCACAGUGCCCUGAUUUUUCCAUCAGCAAGGUGUACACACACUGCCCACAGACCCAGAAACUUCAGCCCCGGAUGAAGAAAGGGUUGAAAUGCCAGCUUCCCUGAAAGGGCGGGGGGUGGGGGGGCAGCUGGGAGAUGGGCAGGACCCAGUCCCGCAGACACUCAGCAAAUGUUAGCACGCUCCCCUAGUCCCCGCCUGCCUUCCUCCUUCAGUCCCCAGCACAGCUGUGGAAUCAGAAACCCCCAGUGGGAGGUGCCAACCUCUGCAUGUGCUCCUUGGCACUUGCCUGCAUCUCCCAUCCCGUCCUCCAACUGAGUCACCCUAGCAAAUGGGAUGAGCAAAAGGCUGCCCAUCCCUAGGCCCAAGCUCUCAAGUAGAGGAGUGUCAACCUAGUCCUACUUAGACCUCAAGUACCAUAACCUAGAGCAUCAUCUGUUCAAUAAUUGGCUUCAUCCUUCUUUGCUGAGGAAACGUCGUAAGAGUGAGAGGGGAAAUGUAAAAAGACAGGCAAGGGAGACUGCCGUGGGAGCCAGGGAGCCGCAGGUCCACACGCUCCCGCACUGGGCCUCGCCGGCCCUCCGGGAUGUUUGCACCCGUGUCUCUGCGCUUAGGGCCUCUUUCGUGAUGAUUGGGCUGUUUCCAAGGGAAGGGGUGAGCAGGCCGAUGGGUGGGAGAGUCUGAGGCUUGAUGCCAAUUACUUUUGUGAAAGAGCAUGGGGUUGAUCGAUUCAGAGGGACAAGGAGGGUGGGGGCCCGCCGGCGGUGGUCUCUCAGACCGGCUUUGCAUCCAGGCCUUCCUGGCGCUGAGUGGCUUGCAGGCCGUGGGAGCCAGCUAGCAGUCCCCUUCACCCCGGGAGACAACCCGCCCAGACACCGGGCUGCUGGGUGUGCGGAGGGAAGGCGAGGUCGGCGCAGCUGCUAACGGCUGCUUUCCCUCGACCAGGCCUGUAGAAUUGCAGACACUCGGUUUUGAACAAGCUUGUGGUGGAGGAUUGGGGUGUGAGAGUGAGUGAGUGAGUGAGUGGAGCAGACUUUCUUGGAAACUGGAGGAAGGAGAUGAGGAGGCUUGAGGAGCUAUUACUGAUGGGCUGUGGGGGGUGAAACGCCGUGUCCACGGGCUGACCCAGCUUUCGUCCGGACUCUGUCUGGUGCUGGGGGCAGGGCAGGAUGUGGGGCUCUGGGACAGAAAACAGGAGAAAAAACCAGGUAGCAGAGAAAAUUCAACAGAGAGGCGAGGUUUCCUGCCGCGGCCUUGCCGGGACCUCACAGCGCCAGCGUAAGAGCUUUGCCACAAAGCAUUCCCGCCCUGGGGACUUGGUGUGCUUCUGGUCCACCCGGUCUGUCUUUUCUCUCUGGUGUGUCGUACAGACUACAUGGGGAACCCUCAAAAGGAAGCAGGCCAGAGUUGUCCUUACCAAAUUGGAAAGGAAGGUGUAACUGUUCCUUUCUUUAGCCAAAGAACCCUUCUCGGAGACACCUCCACACGGACAGCAUGGUGGCAUUCCUGUCUUUCCUCUCGGGGCAAUAAUGACUUCGUUCGUGAUGCAAUUCCAUUUGUCUUUCUCUUUCCUCUGUAUCCUGACUUUCUGUUGUUACAUUGAUUUCAAAGCUGUACUCACCUUUUCAGAGAAGUAGAUCAGUAACCCUAACGCUGCUGCUACUGGGGGGCUGGAGACACCACGUGACUAUGUGAGCUGAACUGGCCUCGUGUCACCAGGGGUCCGACCGGGCAGACCUGCCGGGAAGUUCAGCUGCGUUUGGGGGUUGGAUGUGCAGGAGCCGGGCUCUGAUGCCUUUGGACUCUCACUUCUAAUCUCCACAGACUAGUCCGUAAAAUCUCAGCCAGGCUACUAGAGAACUGAAGAUGGUGAAAUGACUUAAAUGCAACAGAGACUUUCAAAGACCAUUGGCGCCUUGCUCACUAGCAUCACCCCACCUGGCAGAGGCUUCUCACCUCAUUCCUGCAGCUCCAGGCCAGCUCUUCCCUUCAGACCCAGUUGACGCAGAAGGGACCCUCCGUAGGGCACGCUCUCAGAAUACCUGCCCCAGAGGGACCCUCCUGGGUGCCCCCAACUCAACUCCCGCAAGUCUCCGAGAGCCCCCAAUCUCAAGAAUAUUAGAUUGACUCUCUCAUUUCUUCUCAAAACCUGCAAUGUCCCUCAGCUAACAGCCAGCAUUUGUUGAAUGCCUUCAGCACUCCAGGCCCCAGGCAAGCCCUGUGAGGGUGACCUCAUGGCGCCCUCAGAGCCACCCCAUGUACGACGCCCCCUUUACUGAUGGGGGGUGGUGAGGAAGCUGAUGUUCUAACAAAGAAAGAGUAGCAUGUGCUAACGAAAAUAAAAUAAAAUAGUGGUCUGAAAUUGCCACAUUUCUAGUGAAAUUUUUGUUAAGGAGGCCUUGGCUGAGAUAGGAUUUUUAAUUAACAGCCUCAUAUUUCUGACCAUUUAAUGGUACUCCCAUCAAUUGUGUGCCAAACACUGUGCUAAACACGGCUCAUCCGUGAGCUUGUUUAUCCUGGUCUUCAGAAUAACGAUGAAAUCAGCAAUAGGCAUCCGUUACAGAGGAGGCAGCUGCCAGGGUCACCCGGCUAGGAGGGAGCGGGCCUUGGACCCAGGUCUCAGCGGCCGGCCUCGGUGCCUCCCAUGUUUAAAUGCAAAGGAAGGCCUUGGGGUGUCCCGCGCUGUGGCUCACAUGCAUGGGCCUCGGCAGCAGGUCUGCGUGGAGAGGGCGUCCGCAUUGGAGGCGAGCAGAGGGGCAGCGGUAGCUUGGCUUCGGAGAGAAUCGUAGGGGUGUUUCUUUUGAUUCGGAAUAGAAUGUGUUUCAGGUCCCUUUCCAGUGUGCCAACUGGUCUAGUACUGCUGCUGCCACAAACUCCUGAGAGAGAAAAGGGGAAAAAAAAAAUUCUUCUUUAAAAAAAAACAAUUUUUUUCUUGCUUAUAGUUAAUUCUAGAAAGGCAAUACUAAAGCUAUAUAUAUAUAUUUUUCCAACGUGCUAUUUUUGACUGCACUGAUAAACAUCAUGACAAGUCUGGUCUCAUAACCGACCCACUCUUCAGCUCUGGGUAGAACCAGGGACGGGGCUCACACCGAGUUUGUAAAUAUUGUGCGGGUCUGGUGUCCAGGAACUUUUUCCUUUGUUUAAAAAAGACAUAGAAGAAGGAGAAAGACGAUUUUUAGAAAGAGGAUCAAAAUAAGGUUUUGUUUCGAGGCAGCCUUCCCGAAGCAGCGGGCGCAGUGGUGUGUGAACGGAGGGAAACUACAGGGAGGGAGAGGCUCUUGCCGCGGUCCGAGAUUGCUAGCAACACAGAGCGUGUUUAUUUUGGUUGAAAGGUGACAAGAAUUUAGAAGUACUUUGGGACUCAAUUUUUAAUUUUUUAGAAAAUUCUUAUUUGUUAUGAAACAUCUCCUCAGUUGUUUUGGGUGGGCGUUCUUUGUUUUGUUUCUUUUUUAUUUUAAAAACGUCUUUAUUGGCUGGCUCCAGGCUUGUCGGCCUAAACUCUUGGGUAGUUGACACAAGUUCUGGAGUCCUCUAGAACUUGAACUCCAUUGGAAGCAAACCCAACUCAUUGGCAUUCGAUCCUGGUUGGUUUCGGUAGGCGUGCUGGAAUUCUGACGGAGCACCGAAAGGUUUUUCUAAAGAAGGUUUUAGAUACAUUAUCUUACACUAACUGUGACCUAAUGGCAAUAAUACCUCAACUGUGGGCAUUCAUCCUGGUUUUAGCCUCUUUUGAAGUCAUGUAGCUGGCCUGCUCUUGGGAUUUAGAAGACUGUGAACUCUGUGGGCUUGAGUGAAUUCCGAAAAUAGCUGACCUUCACGACGAAAAUUAAACCGAGGGAGAGCUGAUUCUCUGUCUGUUGUAAUCAAAUGUGAUGUUCAAAUGCACAUGUUAAGUCUCUAUGUUCUUAGCUACUGUAAAACGCUGUUAGCCUUCUAAGACAGCGAGAGAGUCACAUUUUAAAUGCGUACACUAAAUAAUUGACCGUGGAUGCUGAAGCAUAUUUCUGGCUACAUUUUAUAGUUAAAGUGUUUUAUAGUUUACAUUUAAACUGGUACUUUAAAAAAAACACACACAAAAAAACACUUCUGUUUAUAACUGACAUCUUCAGACCCCAGCGAGCGGCCCCUCCAGUUGGAAGCCGCGCCCCCAAGGCAGGUGUCCCACCCAUGCUGUUGUGUUGUGUAGCACUGCCCUCCAUGUUACGGUUUCCAUGGGAACGAGAGAGAAUGUGAAAGGGUUUCCAGGUUCGGUCCACAGCCUGGGCCAGAUGCGAAGACCUCGUGCCAUGUUAUAUCAGCCCUUCGAGGCCUUGACAUCUCAGAAGAGGCAGAGAGAACAGCCACCUGGUUUGUUGACUGUCUUGAUUUGAAUGUUUAACUUAUUAAUGAUCCACUGACAUCCAGUCACUAGGCAGUAGGAGACACUGGGAUCCAGGGAGCCCGGAAGUGCAGCUGCUGUUUCUGGGCCCCCUGGCGACAUUCUGCUGGGGUUUUCAGGGGAGGCCAUCCAUCCCUAUGCCUAUACUCAUUGCCUAGGUUGGCCAUAUCUGCUGUCAUCGAGUCCUUUUCUCCGUUGACACAAAAUAAAUGCAAAAGGAUGUGUUGACUCUGUUAAACUUGGAUUUGAGGCCUAGGUCAGUGGGAGGGGGGCCUGGAUCCUUCCUAGAGAUUGUGAGUCUGCUGAGCAGGAGGGGCUGGGGACUGAGGGGCCCCUGAGGCCCAUUGAAGGAGAGGUCAGACCUGAAGGUGAGAGACUUCAGCGUGAGGCCCUGUCCUGCAGGAACAGACCGGCAGCUGUGGGUUCUGUUGAGUGAGGAGGACCUACUGUGAACUAAAGGGCAUUCCUUUAGCAGAUGAGACCUUGAAAACCGCAGACACCUGGGACCAGGGAGCUGUUUGUGGUGGUGUUUUUAAAACGCAUUUGCUUUUUCCCUGUGAACUCUGUUGACAGUAUGUUCUUAUUUCAGGCUUUUGUUAGAAAUCUUAUUGUAAAAUAUUUUUCAUCUCGUCCCUUCUAGUUAUAUGCCCGCUUUCCUCCAAUUGGUUUCCCCUUUGCUUUAAUUAACCAAAUGAGUUUUAUGUCAUUGUCUUUGGGUGUUAACCAUUUUUUAAAAACUAGAGGUAUAGAAAUUGGCUUUUUUUUAAGUAACUUUACUGUAUCUGAAAAAGGGCUCUGCCAUUGCUCACUAGUUUCCUUUCAACCAGUCACCACACGAGCCUCUCCCCGCACCGCCUACCCCACUGGUGUCGUGUCACUGUCCCCGUGGCCACCCCGGCCUCUGCCCUGCUGUCGCCACAGCCCCACGGCCAGGCACCCGCCUCCCAGGACGCUCUCUCAAGAGCCAGGAAGAAGGGCCCCCUUAGCCUUGCGAGGGGUGGUCUUGCCUCCCUGUGAGUGGCCUGCUUGGUCGAAGGGGCAAUGGACUUAUCAUUAUUUUAAUAGUUUGGCUCAGGUUAUGAGGACUUGGGAAGGAAAAGUGGUUUGACCAUGCCCAUUCUUUGUAGCUUUCUGUGACUGAUGAAUGGAACAUAGUGUCCCCCCCCACCCCUCCCUUCCCAGCAGGCAUCCCUGUUGGCGAUGCCUCCACGUGGCAUGGUUUCCCUCCCCGCCCCCCACGCGCCUCACUCGUAUUACUGCUCAUUUCCUCGUAGCUUUCCCAGGGCACAAUCAUUUCUCGCCCCAAAGCAACUCCUCAUCCUCUGUGUGCAUCUUCUUAACCAAAUGAAGUAGACCAGGAAGACAUACUUUGGGGCAUCAGAAUUUCUAGUUUAGUAGAGAAUCACUGUGUAGAUAGAGAGGUUGUUAUGUAUGUUUGUGUGUAUAUGUAUAUAUAUACAUCAAACCAAAUGGCGGGUAGGAGAAGCAUAGCUUUACGGAGGAGGAGGUGGAGGAGGAGGAGCUUUUAGAAGUUUGAGUCAGCCCCAGGCUGCACUUGCCACACCUGGGUUGAGGCGUCACAGCUCGCCACAGUGGAGGCAGGGGCCCUGAGCGUACCACCGCUCUCUAGGUCCCCAGGGUCAAGGGCAUAGAUGAGUGAGGGAGGCAACAAAUCAGAAUGACUGGAAUUUUCCAUCUCGAUUUGCUUUGACCACAUGUAUUGAGCUGCCGUCUCUGGUAUUAUAUCACGUUUCCAAAAAUGGUAUCCAUUAGGGUAGAAAGAGAACGGAUCUGUAGAAAUGUUUACCUUUCAACUGCCCGUGAAUUUAGGACACUCUGGAUGGAAGGCUCACGCCCCAGAAUAAGAACAGGGAAGAGGAGACCAGGUGACGCGGGUCACCAGUCCAAGCGACGUGGCUCCCUCCCCAAGGUCAUCUCGUCCAGAUCUUUCUCUUCCAGGUCAUCUCAGCUCAAUAACCCUAUGGAAGCCCUGGUCUGUUGUGUUCCUUCACUGUACUGUUUCUGUAAUAAGAAGUGUUAAUCCACGUUAAUCUUUGUGAAAAUUAUUGCGUGCAACAGUAUUUUCUCGUGUACCUCCCUUUCCUACGUGAAUUGUCCCACUUUCCUUUUUUAUUUAUAAAUGUCUACUUUUUUUAAAGACAAACCAAUGUGUCGUAGGCCUCUAUGUAACCGACUCCUUAGUCUCAUAUUAUAGGUAUGUUAUAAGAAUGGAUAUUUUACUUGGCUUUAGAAUGUUUUACAAGAAAAAUAAUUCUUAACUGAUCAAGUCCUUGCUACUAAAAUGCUUGUGUUUUUCAUCAUGACGUCGUGUGCUUCUAAAUUAAUAAUCAUUUUCGUUGUAGAAAAAUGGAGUGAAUUUAUAUUAGUCUUGGAAACUAAUAAUAGCAUUGUAAAUUUAUGAGAUGAUUUUAACAGAAAAAAAUUAUAGAAGAAUAUAGUUAUUUUAAUUGUAAUAUUACUAACUGUAGGGUGAGCAGGGGGUCCCGUGUGGUGAACUAUGUUAUAGCUUGUUACUCACAGUUUCUUUUUGAUCAUUUUUUCGGUCUCUGAGGUGAAACGAGUUAUUAAUUAAAAUUUGUAAACUCACAUAUGCAUAUUGUAUAUGUGUAGCGAUGUAAUCACACUUUGUCUUGGAAUUACAUUAAACUGUUUGGAAUCACUGUC